AUGAUGAUCGGUAAACACAUUAGUAUUUUAUACUUUGGCCUAAUUGUGACCUUAAGUAUAUUCAAUUGUCAAAAUAAUAUCUCAUUGGACAAUAACAAUAAUAUUACUCUGACCAAUUCCUCAGCUGAAGAGGUUAAUAUAACCUUUAUCAACGAAACAAUUGCUAAUCAAUCGUUAUCAUCAACUAAUGAAACUAAAUUAACUCCAGAAUCUAAGACAAAUCAUCAUAACAAUUGGCAAUUAAAUUUAGCUUCGUAUGAUUCAAAGUAUGAUUAUUGCUCGUGUGACCUGAAGCCACAAUUUUGUGAUCUUAAUUGUUGUUGUGAUGAAGAUUGUGAUGAUCAGGAGAGAAAAAUGUUCGCUUAUUGUGAAACAAUUAAAAACUCUAAACAAUUUGAUUAUUAUUGUUUCACCGAAUAUCCAAUUUAUCUUAAUAAUACAAGAAAAUCUCAACUGAUUAAUGAACCAAAUUCAAAUUUAUUCUGUGUACUAAGUGACAAUGUUAAAAGUACGAAAACUUAUCCAGAUCGUAAAUCAGUGACCACCGUCCAAGAAUAUCGUAAAUUAAUCAGUACCAGUAUUUCAUUAUCAACAUCAAUAUUUUCUUGGUCUCAUCCCCACGAACCACAAGACGAAGUGACCACUUCAUUUACCUCUGGACGUUAUGGUUUCCGUUAUAAUGAUCCAAUUGUGGCGACAUCAUUAACCGCCCGUGGUGUUGAAAUGGCCGAUAUAUUGAGAUUACCAUCAAGUCUAAUUCAAUCCGGUGGUUUCUGUGAUACCCUGAGGCCAAUUUUAUAUCUCAAAGAUACAUCGUACUCUUGUUUAAGAGACAUCAAAGAUUAUCAGAAAGAGUGUACAACUAAUCCGUUUUUAGGAGCAACAAUUUAUUAUGAUAAUAUUUACAUUUCUAAAAUGGGCUCAUCGAAAUCAACAGAACCGGAAACACGAACUUAUUAUCAGAUUGAAUUCAAUGAAAGUUCAGAAAAACAAUCAGACAAAUCAACUUUAGUAUCUACAUCAUCAUCAUCACAAUUUACUACAACAACAACAAUUAAUGUAACAGCAAUUAAACAGCAACAAUCAACUUUAACCUCAUCAAUACCUAAUUGUGUUUAUCUCAAUGAGUGUAUAACAAUUAACUGGUCAGCCAAAAGUGUCUCAUUGACUGUCCCUCGAUUGAUCCGUCGGUCAACACCGCCACCGAAUAUAAUUUGUCAGGGAGUUGUUGAGACAAUUAAUUACACCUUCUAUUAUCAUCCAAAGGAUGGAAUUGAUUUAGUUGAAUUGUCUUUAGGUUUUACACAAUUAACCAACAAUCAACCCUUUAGACAGACGUUUAAUGUUGUCUACAAGCCGAAUGAUAAUUACAUGAUUAAUAAAUCGCUUCCUGAUUAUCAGUUCAGUGGAAAUGCUGGUUACAUUGUUGGUAAGCCAAUUCUUUUUCGAAAUUCAUCUUUAACAAUUAAUUCGUCGACAAUUGGAUAUUAUAAAAUACCCUUACUGUCCAAAAGUAAUGGUCAGUGUUCAAGUCAACCAACAAUUCAAGAGAUCGUACGAUUUGGCUCAAAUUACAGAACUGGGUGCAUGUUAAACACUUCACGUUUCCUGAUGGAAAAUCAAAUGUGCCAAUCAAUUCAACGAGAAAUCAUGAGAUUACUUGAUUCACUUAACAGAGAUUUAAAUUAUGUCGCCAUGUUUGGUAAUCCAAAUUUAACUAAUCAGGCUGAUUGGAUUCCGAUUUUGGUUGAUGAUGAGCCGCAAAUUAUUCAAUCAGAUUCAAUUCCUCGGUUAACUGCUGAUGAACGAUGUCCAGCUCUGGUCACUGGCUAUUCAUUGGAUGUUUAUUAUGCUCUUGUUGGUCAAGAAUCUCAAUCACAGGCAAAGAUAAUUAGUGUAGUUAAGAGAUACAACAAACCAAUUGAUUUUCGUCUUCGAUGUUAUUCAAUUCUUUGUCGAUUUAAAUCUAAUCAUUAUUUACUUGAACUCUCGAUCUCGGUUAAUUAUAUUGAUUUAACUUCGCCAAUUGUAACCAAAUUUGCUUCACCACCAAUUCUUAAAUUUCAAUUACCCUCUGAUUUCUUUUAUCCAUUUCUUACCAAUUCAGUUAAAUCAUCAAUCAAUAAUCAAUCAAUCUCAUUAAUUUGUAUUAUAAUCAUGAUAAUCUUACAUUUACAAUGUUGAUUAUAUUUUUUCAUUUGUUUUUCUU